UUUCUGAUGGGACCAGAAAAACCUUUUCCUGCCCAAUCUCACCGCGCCAAGCCGAAGCCAUCCAAACCCUGCUUUAAAAAAAGAAAAAGAAGCAGACUCCCAAAGCAAGCAGAAGGGAAAAUGGCGAUGGCGGCAUCCAGGGGAGAGCUAGUUUACAAAAUCUACAGAGCAUUGACCUACGGUCUAUCACCGUUGCUGCACCUUCACUUACACUGGCGCAAGUUCCGCGGGCUGGAACACCCUCUCAGGUGGCCCGAACGCUUGGGCCGCCCUUCCCUCCCCCGCACCCCCGGCCUGCUACUCUGGUUCCACGCUGUCUCUUUAGGGGAAGGAAUGGCCGCGAUUCCUGUCAUCAAAUGUUGCAGUCAACUUAGGCCAGAUGUCAACAUUUUGAUGACAACGACGACGUUUUCUGCGUUUGAAGUACUGAAAAAUAGAAUUCCAGCUAAUGUUAUAUAUCAGUUUGCUCCAAUUGAUACUCCUUCUGCCAUGGAUGCUUUCCUUGGGUAUUGGAAGCCAAAUGGAAUUGUAAUAAUGGAGAGUGAAUUAUGGCCGAAUCUUAUUGUGGGUGCUUCGAAAUGUGGAAUUGGUUUGGCACUAUUAAAUGCUCGGUUGUCUGCAAAAUCCUUUAGAAAUUGGUCCAGACCAGUGCUCUUUCCACUAAUAUCACUUUUAUUGUCCAAAUUUUCCUUGAUUGUCCCAUUGAGCUCUGUCCAGGCAAUUCAUUUUCAGCUACUGCAAGCGCCACCCUUUAGCAUAAACUUUUCUGGUGAUCUAAAAUAUGCGGUGGAUGAAUGUGAACCUCUUGUGAAAGAUGUUGGACGCAUAGAAGAUCUGCAGAAACAGCUUUCUCAAAAACGAGUUUGGAUGGCUGCUUCAAUUCACCGAGGUGAAGAAGAAAUAAUGUUAGGAGUUCACAAGGGUCUCACACAAACUUACCCUGACCUUGUCACCAUUAUUGUGCCUCGACAUCCACAACAUGGAAAAGAGAUUGCUGAAGAAUUGCAGAAAGGAGGGAAAACUGUAGCUUUGAGGUCUCAACAUGAAAAACUUAUUCCUGGAACAAGCAUAUAUGUGGUGGAUACACUUGGUGAAUUGAGGCAGUUGUAUAAGUUGAGCCCAAUAGCUGUAAUCGGAGGUUCUUUCUUCCCUGGUUUAGCUGGUCAUAACAUAUCAGAAGCAGCUGCAGCUGGCUGUGCUGUUUUGACCGGUGAAAGUCAUCAUGUCGGCCAUUUCUCACAUAUGGUGAUAGAAAUGCAGCAGUUAAAUCCUUUGUCUGUAAUGCAGGUGUCAGGGAAAUUAGAUCUUGAAAAGGCUCUAGGGAAGCUCUUUAGUGAUGCAAAGAUUCUAGAAUCACGACAGAAGGCUGCAAAAGAAGCUUUCAAUGCUUUAUCGAGUAGUGUCGUAACCAAUGCUUGGAAUCUACUGAAUUUCCAUUUUUUAAGGCAGGUAUUCUCUUAGAAUAGACUGGCAUACAAUGAAUAUAAAUAUGAGAGUGAAGCCUGCACGUGCUCUAGCACCAGAGCACAUCAAGCCGUGUGAUCCCAUUUUGUGAGUCCUAUAUUACCAUUUGCUUUAUGAUGAGGAAGAAAUGAUGAUGACUUUCAGAGAAAUUUGACAACUGCUCCAACUGUUACACCCAAUCGUUGCUGCUGUUUCUGUCACUCCAGCAUAUCUUUCUUCAAUGGAACCAUGAAGUAGUGGACUGGUGUCCUCCAUGAGCUUAUACUGAGAUCUUUAUUGUUAACAUGCUAAGUUAAUUGACAGACAUCUGACCCACCAUCCAACGAAUGAAUAAUAUCUCUGAAGAGACACGCAUCACAAAGUAUAGCCAAGGGACCAUCUUUAUUGGGACCGUAAUCUUCAUAUGUUUUAUCUAGCAGCUGACGAAAAACUGGUUGGUUCAAGUAAUCUGCUUUUAUGACGAAUCUCCUGCCAGCAUCCCCAACAGUAACAGCCAAGUGACCAGGGGGGACAUCCCUGGGAAGUUUCCUCUCUCUGGUUCCAGCAAGUUUGCGCCACAUAAAGUACAUUCGUUUGAGUUUCAUAAUGUUACAGACAUCACUUUUGGAAUAAUCUGUUGGAGGAGCCAUGGAAUGAGGUUCAAUUUUUCUUGUUGAAAUUUGGGUAUCUUUAUAUACAUCCAAUCCACAGAUCCUCUGCAGCAUAUACUUACAUGUAACCUGCAAAACAGCACAAAACACUGUCAUUCUUUUAGGAAUUAGCUGAAGGCAAGGCUUGGUGUUUCAAUGAUAUAUUAUAAUAACACUUGAAUUGUGGAUAAUUUAUACAGUAGAGAUUGUGUUGCCUAUCCAUUUGGGUAGUAAAUAUUAGGUCGUGAGGUCCUUCUGUUAUGCUAGGCCUUUCUGGAAUACUGUAAUUGAUGUAAUCAAUACCUGCCUAAGCGCUCAUCUUUGUCCCAUUACUAGUUGCAUGCAUUUAUUGCAAAGCAACUAGGUGUAUAUGGCUGCCAAAUUUUGGGAGAAUUGCAGUUUACUAGCACCUAGAUAAAAAAUGUUGGGUUUGCAACUUAAAGGAAUGUAAUGCAUAGUAACACUAGGGGUUAAUCAUUAUGAAAAAAAAUAACCUGAUUAGCUUUUGUGCUUAGUACAAGGCCCUAGUGCCAUGUGUCUUCAUGUGUUUGCUAAAGGUGGAUAUGAGUGACUGUUGACAGAUUGCUGUUCAGAAUGAAUUAACUGUCAACUAUUGAAAAAUGGGAAAAAAAUUAUAUUUUUCUCUAUUUGGCUAGAAUGAUGGAUCUGGUUAAUGCCACUCCAGUGAAAUCCUUCUAUGUAUUGUUUGACCCCUUUUUAAAGGAAACAGUAAUGUUUUGCUUCACUUUGCAGGUGGGCAGAUUGAUUGAUCUUGGUAGGUGUCAGUGGCUCUUGUGAUGAUGAAGAUAGCCCCUACUGUGACAAGGGUUUUUCAGGUGCCAUGGUCAAAAUGUGUGAAUGGUGCAAGAAUGGAGUGACUUCCUGAGACCUAUCAGCUUCUGCUAUGGUUCAUGUCCAUUCAUCUGUUGGGAGAUCAACACGUGAGUCAUUAUAUUUUCUUCAUUGUAUUGUUUUUGAUUCCUACGGCUACCAACUGAGCUCAAGGACCAUUAACAGAUAACCGCCCUGAAAGCUGCCAACGAGAAACCAGAAAACACUUGAAAUUGCAUCUCACAUAUGCCUAUACUUGAAAGUGAAUCUCCAUAUGCACAUUAGAUCACUUGAUCAAGUGACCAGAAAUGAUUGUGGCAUUAGGUCUGUUAUUUAAAGCAUAAAAUACAUACAUACAUAUAUACAUACAUAACCCAGUGAUCACAGUAAACAGAUGUAGCAUGAUACUCAACAUUGGAUAUUGUUCAAAUUAUAUUGGAUGAUGUGAGGUUUUGCAUUUCAUGUUAAUAUUCUUAUUUUAUUAUCAGAUUAAAUCUCUGAUAUACCUUUUCGCAAUAAAAUACAAAAAUGACAUGAAGAGGGUUUUUUUUAUAUAGGGUGUAGACAUUUACUUAUGUUUGAGUUAAAACCACUACCUACAAUAUAAAACAAGCAAUGUCUAAAGAGUUGUUAACAUCUUUAUUGUGAAACAGAAGUUAGGCUACAUUUACCUGCAAUGCUUCUAUAAUGUCUUCUUUACUUUAUGCUAGAACAUGGAAUUGUAGUCUGUAUGAAGGGGAAGGUGUUUCUUUUACUUAACAUGUCUGUGUCUGUCCGGACGUUUGCUUGCCAAUUAUAAAUAAUGCAAAUUGUGGCACCAUUGCUUCGAAGAAAUAGUUUCAACUAUUUCUGGGAAAUAGAUCUACCUUCCUUGUGUAUGUAACGAACAAGAAAUCUUUCAGUAUUUGUACAUACGAAACAUCAUACAUUCAGCGUACUUAGGAGAAAUGCUAGAGUUUGAAAAAAUACUAGUAGUCCAGAUAGUCCGAAUGUAAGAUAUUAAAUCUUUACCUUUUAAAGCUUGUAUUGUUUAUAUACGGCACGACACCAUUAUUUCUGUCUCUCUAUUUUCAUAUUUAGAUCAUUUGGUAUAUCCACGUAUUUUGUACCAAAAAAAAAGAUACGAGUGUUUUAGUGCAUCCAUGUAUUCAGUACCAUAAAAAUACGACCGUAUUAGUAGGAAAUACAUGAUGGAAAAUAAAUGAUGUUGAUUUGUAUCUAGCACUAACAUGUUUGCAUAUAUUAUGUUGGGCACCUGCACCUCCAUUGAUGAAAAUUUAAUGCUGGGCGACAUCAUGAAAAGGGUGGUGAAGGUUUGCAUAUACGGGUAAGGUACGGAUCAGAUAUUCCCUAAUUUGUUUACUUUAUUGAAAAUUGCGAUGUUUAAACGAACUUGGCUAUUAGUAGGGAAUCAUAAUUCGUAGAGAUGAAAAAGAAAUAUUCUUUCAUUGUUUGCCCUUCUCCCUUAACAUUGGUAAAAGAAAGCUAUGGAGAUCAAAAAUGGAAGAAGCCAUAGUAUGGUGUUUUCUUUA